AUUUGGUUAAAAACAAUGAAAGGAGAAAGAAAGGGAAAAAAAGCAGGGUCUGCAAAAGAAUCAGAAAGGACCCACUAUCAGACAGAUUCUCCUCAGAAUGGUAAUGCGUACUGCAGUUCUCAAAGUAAUUUACAUAUAAAGCUUGGCAGUCCAGGGAAAGGUUCAGUGAUACAUUCCCUAGAACAUGACCUUCAAGACAUUAUGGAGACUCUGAACCAGAACAGGUAUAUAUCUUCUGGCUGUAAGGUCAACAGUGACUGUCCAAACUUUUAUUUAUUUAAUUCACACUCAUCAUCUUCCAGUCCAGUUGAUUCAUCCUUAGGAUAUGGUAGUGCAACUACAUCCCCUGCAAAGUUACAGUGUAGUCGACAUUUACUGAAGAAGCAAUCCACUAGUAAUGGCAGUCAUUCAGAAAAAAACUUUUCCACAUACACAUCUGGAUCUUUUUCAAGUAGUGUUCCAUCCUCACCAAGAGCUUUUAAUUUGGCAAGAACAGAUCUUGAUUUCCACCCAAUCAGAGAAAAGGAGCAGUGUCUAGAAACAACAGGCCUGUUACCAUAUUCAAAAUUUAGUCCAAAAAAUAAGUCGUAUGAUAAUGUUUUCUUUUCUGGAAUGUGGGAUGGCAGAAAAGCAAGAAAUAGCAGCCUGUCUUCAUGGAAUGGAGAAGAUAUUGUUACCUCUAACAUUAGACCUGGAACAGCUAGUAUGCCAUCUAGCCCCAGGUCAGCAAGAAAACGAAUCCUUCAGGAAAGUUUGGCUCUUCUUUCAAAUUCUGGAAGAUACAGGGAUGGCUGUGGUGAGGCAACUGUUGGUUCUAGAACAAGGAAAUACUCUGGAGGUUCCUUAGGUCACAUGGGAGUUUACAGUAGAUCACUUCCUCGGUUAUACAAACCAGUAGAGAAUAAUUUAACACCACUAAGUCUACCUCCAAGAAGAUCCUUUGAUAAUUCUAGACAGAUGAAGAACAGAGACAGAGAGGAAAACCAGAAUUAUUAUCUGGAUAAUGUGCUACGAUCUUCCACACCUUUAAGUUCAUCAGCUAUGCCUUUCAAAAAUUCGGUUGUGCUAGAUCUGCACUCUGAUACUAAUGGUAUUUCAAAUAUUCCUGCAAGUCCUCGUGUUGCAAGAAAAAUGGUUUUGACUUCUGGAUCAUAUAUGGAUGAUUUGUAUCAAAAUGGGCUGACAGAAAGUAAUUCCCAAUGCAUCUCUUCUGGAGAUUCUGAACGAACAUUUUCUGUUAACAAAGGUGUUGGUAAUGCUUUCUUGGAAUUUAGUACUGCAGAUAUGGAUGGAAUAAGCUCAUCUCCAAACAUGCAACACCCACCAUUUAGAGAGAGAAAAAAUAGCAUCAGUUCUGUUACAAGUAAUGAUGAUCUGAUGGAUUAUCACAGAAAACAAAGGGAGGAAAGGCUGCGGGAACAAGAAAUGGAGCGAUUAGAACGUCAGCGUUUGGAGACGAUCCUCAGCCUUUGUGCAGAAUAUUCCAAAACUGACAGAGGCCCUGAUAAAACUGCUGUUGCUGACAUACACAUCAUUAAUAAAGAACUAGAAAAACUCCAGUUUUCAAAUGACAAGGUAUUGCUCACAGAUUCUCAGCCUAAUCCGUUUGAUGGAAAACAGAGAGAUCGUUUAAGCUCAUCAUGCAGUGCAUCAGUGGUCCUGGAACUUAAGGGUCUGGACAAUGUUAGCAGAAAAGCUCCUAUUUCUCGUGAAAUGGCUAGAAGUGUUGAUUACCUCUGUGAAAAUAUGAAAACUCAUCAGUUGGUUCCAUCCUCUUCCUCACAUCGAGGUUCUCAUAAGGCACUUAAUACAGUGACAGAUCAACACAUGAAGCAGGACUUAAUUUACAUUGAGGAGGAACGUCUUCAUGUCCUUAGCAAUAUGGAGGAGCUUGAGCAGAAAAUCAAAGAUCUUGACAAUCAAAUGGAAGAAUCCUCAAGAGAGCUGGACAUGGAGUUCGCUCUUCUGGAAGGUGAGCAGGAGUCCGAGAUGUCUCAGCUCCAGAAUGAGAAAGAAGUAGUCGAACAGCUUAACACCAAGAUACAUGACCUGGAGGGAAAUGUUAUUUCUGAAAAGGCCAAGGAAAAAGCAAAGCUUGAUGGUGAGAGGGAAAGACUAGAAAGGUUCCAGGAGAUUUAUUCUGAGCAGAAGACUCAACUUGAUAACUGUCCUGAGUCCAUGAGGGAGCAGUUACAGCAGCAGCUUAAGAGGGAGGUUGAUAAGUUGGAGCUAGAGACAAAACGGUUUGAAGACUUGGAGUUUCAACAUCUAGAGUGUGAAAGCAGACUAGAUGAAGAAAAAGAAAACUUGACAAAACAGCUUCUACAAGAAGUAACAGAGUAUCAGCGCAGCAUUGCUGCAAGGAAGGAAAAGAUUUCAGCCCUAAAACGACAGGCCAGUCAAACUGUGCAGCAGUCUCAGAGGGAGAGGGAACAUUUUCUGAAAGAGAAAAAUAACCUGAUAGUUAUGCUUCAAAGGGAAAAAGAACACUUAAUCAAUUUAGAAAAGCGAUACUCCGAGCUUACAGGAGGAAAAGGUUUUACAAUUAGUCCUAGCAGCCUAAAAGAGGGUUAUGUCACUCUAAAUGAAAUAAAAGAGAUGUAUUGCAAUUCCAAGGGCACUCCCCCUUCCACAGAGCACCUCCCUGAUAGAGAUCCUGUUCCAUUUGGGUCCUCCAACCCAGUUCAGAUGAGCCAGUGCCAUAAUGGAGAGCAAUUCAGAAAUCUAGAAGAAAGAAAGAAACAUAAUAAAGAAGGGAUGUACUUGAGUGAUAGUUUGCCGAGAAAGAAAGUAACUCCAGCCGUCUCCCCUCAUUUCAGUAGUGCCACCAUAGGAUGGAGUGCAACUCAGAAGUCUCAUUUACCUCUGGUGCAAAGCAAUAGCUGUGGCAGUGUUCUUCACCAUCGCCCACUAUCCCUGAGCAAAGACUCGGAAAACCGAAGGGCUCACAAAGGACACAACCUUCAACAGUUGAAUGAAGAUAAAAAACAGAAAUCUCCUUCAUUUUACAAUAGAACAGCCUCAGAAUCCAAUGUCUGUUCAGAGUCUAUCCAUUAUCCUGACAACAGAUAUAAAGAACGUGCUUUUGAUACCUUAAGCCUUGACAGCUCCGAUAGCAUGGAAACCAGUAUAUCUGCCUGCUCGCCUGAUAAUAUUUCCAGUGCCAGUACUUCAAAUGUUGUCAAACUUGAGGAGAUGGAAAGACUUCUGAGGGAAGCACAAGCAGAAAAGGUGCGACUUCUGGAAUCUAGGGAACGAGACAUGGAAACAAAACUACAAGCUCUAGAGAAAGAAAAACGAAGAAGUGAAGACCUGGAGAAGAGACUACAAGAAGAAACGCUUCAUCGGGAAAAACUCAUUGAAAAGGAAGUCAAGCUUCGAGAAAAACAAAGAGCACAGUCUCGGCCCUUAACUAGAUAUUUGCCUGUACGAAGGGAGGACUUUGAUCUUCGAAGUCACAUUGAAUCUGCUGGUCAUAAUGUGGAAACUUGUUACUAUGUCUCACUUUCUGAGAAGACAUGCAGAGGCUUCCUUGUCAAAAUGGGAGGAAAAAUAAAGACAUGGAAAAAGCGGUGGUUUGUUUUUGACAGGAACAAGAGAAGCUUAUCUUAUUAUGCAGACAAACAUGAAACUAAAUUUAAAGGAGUGAUAUAUUUUCAAGCUAUCGAGGAAGUGUACUUUGAUCAUCUGAAGACUGCACACAAGAGUGCCAACCCAUCACUGACAUUUUGUGUGAAGACACAUGAUAGGAUCUACUAUAUGAUUGCACCAAGCCCUGAAGCCAUGAGAAUCUGGAUGGAUGUCAUAGUUACAGGAGCAGAAGGUUACACACAGUUUAUGGUAUAGCAGCUGACUGUGAUGCUUCAGAGUUGCUUCUUUUGUGCCUCUGCCAUUGUCUAAGAGCAGUGACAAAUGAAAAAGUGUACAAUUACAGAAUGCCACAGGAAACAACCAAGUGUGCUUAUUUUUGUGAAAUCACCACAUUUAACAGAUGUCAUUGGCCAUGUGCUUUACUAUUCAACACUGAUUGUUCACCACAAUGCUUUUGUUUUGAAGAAUAAAUUCCAAACCACUCAGUUCUGCAAAAAGCUGCAUUUCACUAAAAACGGGAAAGAAGGAAUGAGCUAUAACCAAAAUGUUUUAUAUGAUUCAAAAGCUGUUCCUAUAACUGAUGCUGCCCAAAGAAACUAUAAACUGCAAUUCUAGGAGUUGCAGCUAAAUGUGUUAGGUUAUAUUGCAUAAUGUUGAAAUUCUACUGGUCAUGAAAUAAUGCUGAAUCAGCUUAGUCAGUGCAUAGUUAAAAUAUGACUACAGACAUUGUUUAUUUUCAGCCUCAACAAGAUUCAGUGUCACUUAGUAAAUGGUUAAAAAUUUUAUUGCACAUUGUGAAUUUCCAGAAAUGGUGUGGCUUGGUCAA